AUGGCCGAAACCAAGGACAAGUCUGCCAACCCCAUGAGGGAGCUUCGCAUCCAGAAGCUCGUCCUCAACAUCUCCGUCGGAGAGUCUGGUGAUAGACUCACCAGAGCUGCCAAAGUGUUGGAGCAACUGAGUGGUCAAACCCCAGUCUACAGCAAGGCCAGAUACACUGUCCGUACCUUCGGUAUCCGUCGUAACGAGAAGAUUUCCGUGCACGUCACCGUCCGUGGACCCAAGGCCGAGGAGAUCCUCGAGCGUGGAUUGAAGGUCAAGGAGUACGAGCUCCGCAAGCGCAACUUCUCUGAGACUGGCAACUUCGGUUUCGGUAUCAGCGAGCAUAUUGAUCUCGGUAUCAAGUAUGACCCUGGAAUCGGCAUUUACGGAAUGGACUUCUACGCCUGCAUGACCCGCCCUGGUGAGCGUGUUGCCAAGCGUCGCCGCUGCAAGACCCGUGUCGGUGCCAACCACAAGAUCAGACGUGAUGAGACCGUCAAAUGGUUCAAGAACCGCUUCGAGGGUAUUGUCCGAUAA